AUGGAUUUGAAAGCCGGCGAGGUGAUCGAAGACCUCGAUGCGGCCGAAGUCUUCCUCCGUACCCACGGAUUCUCGCACGCCUACCUCCACGAGCUCCUCCAAGACGAAGUCGCAUGCAAGAAGCUUGUCCGCAGAGUGAAUUGGACAUUGAUGCCGCUCCUCUGUGGUACCUACCUGCUACAAUACAUCGACAAACAAGCAUUGAGUUACUCUGCUGUUUUUGACUUGUUCACAAGUACCGGAACCACCAGCGAGGAAUAUAGUUGGUUGACGAGCAUAUUUUACUUCGGGUACCUGGUUUCAGAGUGGCCGAGUAGUUACCUGGCGCAACACUUCCCCACCGGCACAGUGUUGAGUUCUUUUGUCAUCAUCUGGGGUUCAGUGAUGAUGUUGACAGCAGCGUGUUCCAACUUUACUGGUCUGGCAAUUUGUCGUUUCAUCCUUGGCUGCUUCGAGGCUCCGAUUACGCCUUGCUUCAUGAUGCUGGUCGGUAUGUGGUUCACUCGAAAAGAACAACCUGCACGUGCUGGUAUCUUCUAUUGCUUCAACGGCGUCGGUAGCAUGGUCGGAGGCAUCCUCUUCUAUGGCGUCGGUCAACUGGAUGGCUUCCCGGUCUGGAGGGUAAUCUUCAUGCUUUGCGGAGGCUUGACCAUCAUCUGGGGCAUUGUAUUGUUCUUCUUCCUCCCCAAUAACAUCAUGGAGGCCAAGUUCUUCUCGAUUGAAGAGAAAGCACUGCUCAUUGCACGCAGUCAGACCAAUCGUACUGGUGUCUACAACCCGAAGAUCAAGCUUUCACAAGUCAAAGAAGCUCUGACAGACCCUCAAAUCUGGAUCUUGUUCCUAUUUGUCUUGUGUAAUGAGGGCAUUAACGGAGGUUUCGCCAACUUUGGCAAGUUGAUUGUCAAAGGCAUUGCUCACGGUGAUGCCGUGAGAACGACGGCACUAGGUAUACCUUCGGGAGCCUUCCAAGUAUUUUUCGUGUUUACUGGACCGUUCCUGGCAUCGAGAUUCAAGAAUAUCCGAACAUACAUCAUGGCAUUGUACCUUGUACCGACCAUUGUUGGAACAAGUCUGGUGUGGAAGCUCCCGAGAAGCAACUCUGAUGGCCUGCUUGUGUCUUACUACCUGAUCGGAUCCUUUGUCGCAUCUCUCGUGCUGGCACUUCAAAUGCCGGCAAACAAUGUGGCAGGUUACACCAAGAGAGUGACAUCGACAGCGUUUGUGUUCCUGGCAUACUGCAUCGGCAACAUCUGCGGGCCCCAUGCGUUCCUGGCAGCCGAGGCGCCUGUCUACCAGACAGGAUGCAAGUUCAUCAUCGCGUGCGCAGCCAUCCAGAUGGUGCUCGUCUUCGCUUUGAGAGUACUGUUGAUCCAUCGCAACAAGAAGAGAGAUGCAAUGUUUGGGCCAGUGUCUGAGAUGGACACAAAUGAUGAGAUAAUUGAGGACCUGACAGAUUUCGAGAAUCCUCGCUUCAGAUACUCAUACUGA